GGUGCGUUAGAAUGCCUCAGCAUCAUUCUGAAGCGUGGUGCCGAUGCCAACUGUCAAGACAAGUCUGGCAAUACUGCCCUGCACAUGGCGGCUAGGAAUGGCCAUCGCCGAUGUUUUGUACGACUGCUGGAGUACAAAGCUUACAUCAACAUAUCCGACAAUGGUGGCCUAACCCCAUUGCAUUGGCUUGCUGCUCGUGGCCACACCGAGCUACUAGUACUGGCUCUGGACCAAUUCCAGGCCAUAGUUGACCCUGAGGACUCCAAGGGGCAGACUCCUCUGCAUGUCGCUUGCCAGAAUGGUCACAAAUCGGCUGCUACUAAACUUCUUGAGCACCGGGCAAACACGGAGAAGAAGGACCUCCGUGCGUGGACACCGCUUUUCUUUGCGUGCAGAUAUGGGCAAGUGGAGUGCGUUCGUCUGCUGCUGAAACGUGGGGCGCAGUUGCAACUGGACGCGGAGAAUAAGACUGCACUCAACCUGUGUGUUGAGGGAGGCUACGUGACGUGUGCGCUGGUGCUUGUGGAGUACUAUCCGCAGCUGCUUGUCCCGUUGUUGAAGAUGGUGCAGUCACGUGCAAUGGAGGAGGCCAAGAUCCUGCUGUCGCUGGAGUAUCUCUGCAGAGAGAACCAAACGUUUCACAUGAAGGUGGUAUAUGGCCUUGCGGAGCUCACUACUGGCUGUGGUAUGGAACUGCUAAGCUUAUCAUGCACGUACGACUCGCUGGUGAACAGCUUCUUGCGCACUAUUCGUAUCCUAGUGCGGCUAUGUGGUGAUAUCAGUGUGUCGCCGAUGGAAACCAGCAGUGGCAGCGGUCACCGCACUUCACGCGACAGUGUCUUCUUCAAGUCUGGCCAUCGGAGACAAGGCAGCUCUGGCCAGGGUUGCAUGGAAUCGCAGCAUCCGUUUGGUAUCCUGGACCCUCUCUGGCACGUCAUGACCACCUGGUAUGUCAUGCUGCGAGAGGAGCUCGAGCAGGAAACCGACCUCUCAGAGAUCGUCAGUGUGGAUCGCACCAACUCCACAACGUCCGUGCAGUCCACCAACUUUUCCAACAAGCGGAGAUUCACCAUGGACUCGAAGCCGAGUAAACUGUCCGUCUCUCCUCUCGUCGACUCUGACCACCAUCCACGCAACCGCUCUAACACUCUGUUUCGACAGGGCUCGGCCGACAGCAUUGCACAUGCGUACCAGGACGGCAACAGACAUCCACAGCAGCAGCAGCCCCAGCAUCAACAGCACCAACAGCAGCAGCAGGCUGGUCUGUCCAGCAGUCAGUCGCUCUCCUACCAGCGGCACCAGGACGUGCUGCACAACCCGGAUGCCCGCAUUCUGGCAGCGGCCAUUGUGCAGAGUUUGCCGGCCGCGGCACGCAAGGCACUGCUCAAGGGUGGACACAGUAUGGACUCGCAGUGGUGGCGUGGACUCUUGCAGGCACCACUGCGACGCAAGCUAACCCGUAGCCCGCACGUCAAGAAGCAUGAGCAUUGGGCAGGCGGUCGUCGCCCGGCAUCAUUCAAUGAGUUUGCAUUGUUUGAAGAUGAGGACGCGCUAAGCCAGUCUUCAGGACACGCUCCCAGCUCCGCAGUGGUAGCCGGAUAUCGGUCGCUUUCUCGCCAAUCUUCUGCGCCCAUGAUGCCAAUUGCUUCCAACGAUCAGGACGAUCCCGUGACGAGAAGUAGAACGUGGCAGGACUUGUCGUGUCUGGAGAACGUGCCGGAUACCGGUGUGGUAACCAAGAUGCGGCAAGGAACUUCAGAGCCGUUGCGGCGACACAGCUUGGCCCGCUGCCCGCCACGACUCCAGUUCCAAGCGCCCGAUGGCUGCCCGUUGCCCAGCGUUAACAGCGGCAGGGCAUCGUCAUCGGCACCCACCGCUCCCGCUCCGGUUGCUGACGUGGCCAGCUCUAUCAGCAAUGGUGCGGUGGCGGCGGAUGCAGCAGCGGUGCCGACAACGACGACACGCCAGCGUCGCUCUCAGCAGUCCAAUAGCAAUUUCACGUGCGUGUGCGAAGCCAUGCCUUGCAUGUGCCAGUCAUCGCGUUACCAAGCGCAGUUCGACUCUGGUGACCUUACGUCGACCGAAGGCGGUAGCUUCAGCUCGGGUAGUGUAGUGGCAUCACAUCUCGGAGGAGAAUCCACACGGGACGAUCAAUCCAGCGGAGGGUUGGUGAAUGCGUUUGCAGAUCGAUUGUGUGCCAUCACACAGGGCUACUUUCUGAUUUGCUGUGCAAAGGAGAGGAUUGGGCCAGGUGGUGGUGUUCCAGCAACGUUUCUCAAGUUUCUGGAAGAGCAUGAAAUAGUCAUGCAGGUGUUGCUGUUAAGGAACCCAAAGCUGGUCUUUGCACACUUCGAUUUCCUCCUGGAGAGUCCUGACCUUCUCAAAAACUUCAUUCACAUCAUUCAUGCACAGAAAUUUGAAGAUCGUCGCAAGUGGUUCUACGAGAACCUGUAUAGAACGCAAGCGCCUGCCAAUGAUGUCAUGCAUGUAGACAAUGUCAUCAAAGUCUCGCGCAAUGGCAUAUUCCAGAGCUCGUGCCAAGUGCUCAUGAACAUGGACACGGAGAAGCUCAAGCAGAACUUUGCUGUCAACUUCGAUGGAGAGGAGGGGAUGGGUGCUGGUGUCAGGCGGGAAUUCUUUGACAAGAUCUCAGCUGAGAUGCUCAACCCGGACUGCGCUCUGUUCACGCAGUCUGCAGAUGGCUCAACGUUCCAGCCGAACCCCAACUCUCAAAUCAACCCCGACCAUCUCAGCUACUUCAACUUUGCCGGACGUGUCAUUGGUGCUGCAAUCUACCACCAGCAACUGCUCAACGUCUACUUUACACGCUCCUUCUACAAGCAUAUCCUAGGUGUCUCAGUAAACUACAGCGACGUAGCAUCGAUUGACCCUGAGUAUGCUCGCAAUCUGCAGUGGAUACUCGACAACGAUAUCUCCGAUCUGGGUUUGGAGCUCACAUUCUCGCUUGAAACCGAUGUCUUCGGAUCAAUGCAGGUCGUGGAAUUGAAGCCUGGUGGAGCAUGCCUUCCCGUGCUGGAAGAAAACAAGCAUGAAUAUGUGCAGCUUGUCACAGAGAAACGUUUGACCAGUGGAAUCCUGGACCAGAUCACGGCCUUUCUUGAUGGGUUUACUAAGCUCAUUCCACAGCGGUUGGUGGCUCUGUUCGAUGAGUUUGAGCUGGAGUUACUGAUGUCUGGCUUACCAGAUAUUGAUGUGCGGGACUGGCAGAAUCACACACUCUACACUGGUGGAUAUGAUGAGAACUCAGAGAUAAUCAAGUGGUUCUGGGAGAUUGUUCAUUCGUUUGAUCGCAAGGAAUGUAUUCUACUGCUGCAGUUCUCCACAGGAAGCUCUCGUGUGCCCCAUGGUGGCUUUGCUAAUCUAUCCGGGUCACAUGAUACGCAAAACUUCUGCAUAGCCAGGGUUGAUCUUUCAAGUAACCCAAACAGUCUCCCGACAGCUUCCACAUGCUUCAACAUGCUGAAGCUGCCCGAGUACGCAAGCAAGGAGAUCCUGUAUGACCGUGUAUCCGUAGCGUUGCACUACGGCAGUCAAGGAUUCGACUUUGCAUGAGAUUAGGAGGAGAUGGAGGGAUGAAGAAAUCACCCACCAACCAAUACACAUAUCGCCAACAACCAGUACGCAUAUCAUAAUAUUACGAAAAAAACAUCCAAAUUUAUUAUCCUAAACGCAGACACUUGAAUCUCCAAAAUUAAACAUGCCUUGGAUUUUUUAGGUUUUACAAUAUUCCACAAAAUUUAUAAUUUGCAACAGCUCUCGAAUUCAUCUUGACACAAAACGCACAGCUUUAGUUUAUGAAACACAUCAUCGGACUGAAAUAUUCUAACACAUUGGACUGAAAUAUUCUACCUUUUUAACCUAGCUUCAUUUCCAAGGUAUUCUUGUUUCUAGCCUCGUUUCUCGUUCCUGUACUCUCUUUGUUUUUAGUUGUGGGUUGUCAAUAGCACUGAGUUGUCUCACUAGUUUAGUUUUUUUUGUUUGGCCAAGUCUUAUUAUAAGUCAUGCUAUCAGAGUUACCAUGAACUCUGCAUCAUGUAUGCUGAGUCAUGCUAUCAGAGUUACCAUGAACUC